AUGGAUUGCAAUUGUGUGAGUGAUCUGCUGCUCACGCCCCCGGUCCCAGCGCUCUGGACGCCAGGCUUUGCCUUUCCAGACUGGGCCUACAAGCCGGAGUCGAGCCCAGGCUCACGGCAGAUCCAGCUCUGGCACUUCAUCCUGGAGCUGCUGCAGAAGGAGGAGUACCAGGGGGUGAUCGCCUGGCAGGGGGACUACGGAGAAUUCGUGAUCAAAGACCCCGACGAGGUGGCGAGGCUGUGGGGCAUUCGGAAGUGCAAGCCGCACAUGAACUAUGACAAGCUGAGCCGAGCGCUGAGGUAUUACUACAACAAACGCAUUCUGCACAAAACCAAGGGCAAGCGCUUCACCUACAAGUUCAACUUCAGCAAGGUGGUGCUGGUGAACUACCCCCUGUUCGACAUGGCGAGUUCUCCGUUCUUAUUGGCCCAGAACCACUUCAACGGCAGCUCAGCCGCACCCGACUGCAGUCCUGUCACCCCUGAGGCCCUGCAGUCGCUGUUCCCUCGCCUGCCGGAGGCCAGCCGCGCCAGCUCUCUGUUUGACCGCGCCGGAGGCGCCCCGGGACCGGAGGGGGACAAGCUGCGGCUGGACGCCUUCCCGUUCCUCGGCUCAGGGGCUCCUUGUUACUCCAAACCUCCGUCCCUGUUGGGCCCUUACCCCCGUAACCCCCCUUUCGACUACCCGUGGGGCUUUAACCCCUACCUCCCAGGGGCCUUCUCGCUCAACAACUGCCCUAAACUGCCCCCUGGCUCGCUCUACCCCUCCCACUUCUACCCCAACCCGCUGCAGAGCAGCCUGUCCCAGCUGCCCCACCCUUUCUCCUCCCUCUUGCCCCCGGGUGACACGGAGGCGGCAGACAGGGGUGGGGCCCAGUCCGGAGGGACCAAUGGCGCGGCGGGAGGGCAGCCCCCGAGACUGUGCAUCCCGCCCUACCCCGGGAUAGGCCGGACGGAGCUGGGGAGUGGGGGUGGCACUCCUGGGGAGAGGGAGCGAGGAGAGGCCACCAUCCCGGGGUCCAUAGGAGGCCUGGGGCUCAGCCUCGGCUUGGGGCUGGGAGGGGUCAGCCUGGGAGGGGUGGUGGGCGGACAGCAGAGCCCGUCGGAGCGACGCGUCGUAGGCGGAGGGGGCGGCGGCGGUGUCAAGCAGGACCCGGAGUCUGACUCGGACCUGGAGAUCACGGACCUGAGCGACUGCAGUUCGGACAACGAGACGGACUUCGGCCUGACCAAGGGCCCGCGGCUGGACGUCCGUUCACAGGGCCUCAACCUGAAGGCCGGAGGCGUUGCCAGUGCCCUGCCACCCCUGUCCUCCCUGCCCCCACCUGCUUCCCCCCACCCCCUGAAGAGUCUGGUGCCCCUCACACCUCCACCGCCCUCCCUCCCCCCGACCCUGGCCCCAUCACUGCCCCCUUCCCUCUCUCCCUCACUCACAAUGGUCGAGCGCCACAGAGAGACAGAGACUCUCAAACUGGCCCGCAGUUAA